GGCGCGCGGCGCUGCGCGGGGCGGCUGGCACAGGCGGCGGCGCCGGGGCCGGAGGAAAAACCCCGGCCACCUCCCCGGCUCCUUGCUGCCUCACGGAGUCCCAGGGACCUCGGGGAAUCAUGUGCCGCACCCCUGGGCUAUGAGAAGAGCCGCCUGCCCCGUCCCCAUCAGUCCCGUGCCAGGCUCUGCCCCUGCCAUCCCCAGCUGCAGUGAGAGGAGGCUGGCACCAUGGGCUCGGGCAGUGUCCUCCGUGCCCGGGGGAUGAAGACGCUGCCAUGGACAGCCCCUGCCAACCCGACCUCCUGAGGAGUCUCCCUCAGCUGCCCACUGCGGACACUCCUGGGCACAGCCUCGCCAGGAUGGGCUUGGAGAGCUAUGUGUCCUGCCCCUCGCAGCCCUCCUUCCACCUCUCUGGUCCCUGCGAGGCUUCUGCAGGCCCCAGCGGCAGCGGGGGCGGCCCCCUGCCCCCAGGCCCAGGCAUCCCCUCGGCCGCUGCCAGCCCCAUGCCCGAGGGGCGCGGCGGGCAGGGGGGAGGGGAGCUGCGGCCCCUACAGAGCGAGGGUGCCACCGUGCUGAUCACCAGGGAGUGCCCACUGCUGGCUGCCGGAGGUGCCCAGCCCGAGGCCCCCAAGCGCAAGCAGGCCGAGAGCGGCGGUGACAGCCCGCCUGGCAAGCGGCGCUGGGCGGGGGCGGGCAGUGAGACGCCGGUGCAGCGGGAAGCCGUGCUCUCUGCCUCGGAGCGGCUGGCCGUGGACUACAUUGUCCCCUGCAUGCGCUGCUACGGCAUCUGCGUGAAGGACGGUUUUCUCGGCCGGCUCUCAUGUGUCAAGGUACAUGUGUGAGGUGAAACGGAACUACAAGGGAAGUGCCCGACUGGACAGCUGGUCAGCUAGCGGCCAUCUCGAAGGAGAACGGGGUAGAGACCCAGGAUCACGGUGGAGGGCGCGAAAGCCUGCUGCGAGCAUCGGGUCCUCAUGGCCCACGUGGACGAGGUGAUCCUGCACUGCGCCGGCCGCCUGGGCGGCUACGUCAUCAAUGGCCGGACCAAGGCCAUGGUGGCUUGUUACCCGGGCAACGGGCUGGGCUAUGUGCGGCACGUGGACAACCCCCACGGGGACGGGCGCUGCAUCACCUGUAUCUAUUACCUGAACCAGAACUGGGACAUCAAGACCCACGGCGGCUUGCUGCAGAUCUUCCCCGAGGGCCGGCCCGUGGUGGCCAACAUCGAGCCUCUGUUUGACCGGCUGCUGAUCUUCUGGUCUGACCGCAGGAACCCCCACGAGGUGAAGCCUGCCUAUGCUACCAGGUACGCCAUCACCGUCUGGUAUUUUGAUGCCAAGGAACGGGCCGCAGCCAAGGACAAGUAUCAGCUAGCCUCAGGCCAGAAGGGCAUUCAGGUGCCGGUGCCCCAGCCAAGCCAGCCCACCUAGGGAAGAGGCGGGAAGCGGCCCCUCGCCCCGUGCUGCUCUGCUGGCCGCGACCCGGGCCCUCCUCCGGCCGCUCCCUCUCCUGCUGCUUCUGCCUUUGCCUGCCUGCCUUCCCCCUCCCCGCCUGGGCGGAGGGGCCACUGCCAGCCCUCGCGAGGAGCAGCAGUGCCGACCUCCCGGCACGCAGGAGCUGGGCAGGGAGAGGCAGCGCCUGGCCCGUGGCCGGUCCCCCUCCCCCGCGCCACAAGGCGCCAGCCUCCCAUGGACUUGCCCCAGUGGGCU